CUCUACAGAGUACAGACAGACGUUGUCACACGCUCUGGUACUUAGAGUUAGUUUGUAAUUUGUAUUAAGUAAUUAAAUAUUUUUCAAAAUUCAUUAAUCAGUUUAUUUUAAUUUUAUUAAUCAAUUUACUUUAAGUUAAAAAAUUGGCAACGGACGUGUUCAAAAUAACAUAGUUAUGAUUAUUAUUGGUGAAAAUUAAGUAAUUUAUAUCAGGGUUAAACAGUUGAUUAUUGAUACAAUUGGUUCGUUCUUUGUUCUGAUGAUGAGUUUUCAGCAUCUUGUCGCGUUUUGGAUGCUUUUUAGCUGCAGCUAUGCAUAUAAACCAGUGGUUUUAAUUCAUGGAAUUAUGACGGGAAGUGGAAGUAUGGAAAUAAUCUCUAGGAGAAUUCAAGAGAAACAUCCUGGCACUAAAGUCUAUAAUGUUAAUAGAUUUGAGAGUUGGUCGAGUUUGGAAACCAUGUGGCAUCAAGUGUUGGAAAUUGGUCAAGAUGUAGCUAAUAUAUCUAGUCAUUAUCCUGAAGGAAUUAAUCUAAUUGGGUACUCCCAAGGAGGUCUUGUUGCUCGGGGUAUUGUGCAAACAUUCCCAAAUGUCUCGGUGAGCACUUUUAUAUCUCUCAGCUCUCCCCAAGCCGGUCAGUAUGGAGCUGGCUUCCUUCACGUCGUAUUUCCUGGUUUAGUUAAGGAGUCGGCUUAUGAAUUAUUCUACUCAAGAGUUGGUCAACACACAUCUGUCGGGAACUACUGGAAGGACCCCUAUCAUCAGACGUUGUAUGACGAAUAUAGUGUUUAUCUGCCUUAUAUUAAUAAUCAUAUCCUGUCUGCAAAAUCAAAUGAUUUUAAGAACAAUAUAUUGAGUUUGAAGCGGCUUGUUUUAAUUGGUGGACCAGAUGAUCAAGUUAUUACUCCUUGGCAGAGCAGUCAAUUUGGUUACUAUGGAAUGAACGAGACAGUGAUAGAAAUGCGUGAGCAGGACAUCUAUAUGUCAGACCGCAUUGGCUUGCGAGCGCUCGACGAGAGCGGACGUCUUCAUAUCGUCACGGUGCCUGGUAUUAACCAUUUCAAUUGGCAUAUGAAUGUAAGCAUUGUAGACGAUUAUUUAUUACCGUAUUUAGAUUAAUUAGACGAAAGCCAAAAUUAUUAUAAGAAUCCACAAAUAAAUGCAUAGAUUUUUGAUACUUUGCAUUUUAUCGAAUAAUCAGUGAUUUUGAAGUUAGACAUUUAUACGAAUUUUGAAAAAUUAAUGUAUUAUUUUUUGCUCAUAAACUAGGAAUUAAUUAUCAAACCAAUUUAGGUUUGUCUUUUAACAGUGACUAGAAUUAUUAGACUAACUAGUAACAUAGUGCAUAUACGAUGUAGAGAUAUUUGGGUAAUGUAGUUUAGGUAAUUAAAUGUGACGGGCGGAAUACCCGAAUUAGGAUUACAAUUCGAAAUGUAUUUUUAUAUAAUAGUUACGAAUGUACAAUAAGUUACAGUCAAAGCUAUGACUAAAGGGAUUAAAAUGAAAAAAUCCUAAAAAAUUG